GGGCCGCGCACCUCCCGCCGCGCCGGAGCCCUCGGCGCGCCGUCCAUGCGAGACCCCCGCGGGCCGGGCAGCGCGCAGCGACCCCCGGCCGGGCCAGGCAUGUGAAGAUGUCAGUGGGCUGUGCAUGCCCUGGCUGUUCCUCUAAGUCAUUCAAGCUGUACUCGCCAAAGGAGCCCCCGAACGGCAACGCCUUCCCCCCAUUCCACCCGGGCACCAUGCUGGAUCGAGAUGUGGGACCUACUCCCAUGUACCCACCUACAUACCUGGAGCCUGGCAUUGGGAGGCACACGCCGUAUGGCAAUCAGACUGACUACAGGAUAUUUGAGCUCAACAAGCGGCUGCAGAACUGGACAGAGGAAUGUGACAAUCUGUGGUGGGACGCCUUCACCACGGAGUUCUUCGAGGAUGAUGCCAUGCUAACAAUCACUUUCUGCUUGGAGGAUGGACCAAAGAGAUACACAAUUGGCCGGACUCUGAUACCCCGUUACUUCCGCAGCAUCUUUGAAGGAGGGGCCACAGAGCUCUACUAUGUGCUCAAACACCCCAAGGAAUCCUUCCAUAACAACUUCGUCUCUCUGGACUGCGACCAGUGCACCAUGGUCACCCAGCAUGGCAAGCCCAUGUUCACCCAGGUGUGCGUGGAGGGGCGGCUCUACCUGGAGUUCAUGUUUGAUGACAUGAUGAGGAUAAAGACGUGGCAUUUCAGCAUCCGCCAGCAUCGAGAGCUUAUCCCCCGCAGCAUCCUUGCCAUGCAUGCACAGGACCCCCAGAUGCUGGACCAGUUAUCCAAGAACAUCACCCGCUGUGGGCUCUCAAACUCCACACUCAACUACCUCCGACUCUGUGUAAUCCUAGAACCAAUGCAGGAGCUCAUGUCACGGCACAAGACCUACAGCCUCAGUCCCCGGGACUGUCUCAAGACCUGCCUGUUCCAGAAGUGGCAGCGGAUGGUCGCGCCGCCUGCGGAGCCGGCACGGCAGCAGCCCAGCAAGCGCCGGAAAAGGAAGAUGUCGGGGGGCAGCACUAUGAGCUCCGGUGGUGGAAACACCAACAACAGCAACAGCAAGAAGAAGAGCCCCGCCAGCACCUUCGCCCUGUCCAGUCAGGUACCUGAUGUGAUGGUGGUAGGCGAGCCCACGCUGAUGGGGGGGGAGUUCGGGGACGAGGACGAGCGGCUCAUCACCCGGCUGGAGAACACGCAGUUCGACGCCGCCAACGGCAUCGACGACGAGGACAGCUUCAACAACUCGCCCGCGCUGGGGGCCAACAGCCCCUGGAACAGCAAACCGCCCUCCAGCCAGGAGAGCAAGUCAGAGAACCCCACGUCGCAGGCGUCGCAGUAACGGCCCCGCGCCCCCCCCGCGGACUCAGUCCCAACCGAUCUACCUGUACAUUUGCAACGGAGAGUGACUGGGAAGCGGCGAGGUACUGGGGCGGAUCGGCGCCGCGCCACGGCGGGACCCACGGCCGGGGGCUCGCUCCUGCCGCUGCCUCCCCGCUGCCCCCACGCCUGCUGCCCCCAGACCCAGGGCAGGGGCGGGUAUCGGGGCCGUAGCUUCGUUAUUCCCCCUUCUUCCUCUUCCUCCUCCCUGCUUCUUCAUCCCCGGAGAGCCUCUCAUGUCCCGUCCCUCCGUGCCCAGCCCCUGCCUGCUGAACGGGGCACGGCGGGGCUGCAGACCCCCCUGCGGCGGGGUCCGGCCUUCCUUCUCCUCUCCCCUCUUGGGUCUGACAGCAGUGUUUGCUGUGUGCGCAUCUCCACGUGUGCGCACCUCCAGCCCGGCCUGGGGCUGGGGGGCUGCCCAAGGACAAAGCCCCAAGUGCUGUGGUGUCGGGGGUCGCUCACCGGGCAUUCCCCACUCUCCUGCCCCCCAACUCGGUCCCCGUCCCGUCGCUCCCCCCGGCAGGGCCCUGCUGGGGACUGUGUACAUAGGAAGCGCCCAGCAGGGAGGGAGCUGAGGGGUGGGGGGGGUCCAUGGCCAGCGGCCCCCACGUCUCCACUCGGAGUCCCUUGGUGACCUCCGGCUCCCACAACCUCCUACUUCUGUCUGUUUCAUUUUGUUUUGUUUUUUUUUUUUAAUAAUAUUAUUAAAAUUGUAAGUUUAAAAAACACACAAAAAAAUGGGACAAGCCUUCCCCUUGCCCACCCCCCUCCCUGGCCAGUGCCCUCCCCCCCUUCCCCUCCCUGCCCUCAGCGCUCUCACCCUGUCCUGACUUUUGUACAGGCUUCUUCUCUUGGGAGUCUCGUUUUAUAUCCAGUUCGGAGAGCUUCAAACCAAGGAGAGACUUUGCAGACUUCCUUUCUAAUCCCUCCAGGGGGUGUUGGGGGGCAGCCCCCCGCCUCCCUCCUCCAUGUAAAUCUUGUGUGCUGUUGUCCCCUCUCCUCCCCCCCCCCAUCCCCCGGUUCGUGUACCUCGUGCUUGUACAUUUCCGCGCUGUAGACAGUGUGUACGAUACCGUUCUUUCAAUGUGUUAUCACUAGAGCAGGUGCCUCCAUUGAUGUUAGGGGAAACAAGGAGAAGAAGAAGAAAUUUUUUUCGGAUUUUUUUUUUCUUUUGGUUUAAAAAAAAAGGAAAAAAAGGAAAAAAAAAAAUGAUUUCCUUCCAAGGCUUCUGCCAAGGUGAAGAGUGAAGGUGAUGGGGAGGGUGGGGAGGGGUGUUCACCAGUCCCCCCUGCAUCCUCAGUAGGGCACUGUGGGCUGAGCUGGGGGUCUGGCUGCAUGUGUGCCCCCCUGGCACGUCCCCAGGUUGGGAGUGCGGCGGGUGCUGCCCUGGGGGGUGGAUGGGGAUGUGCUGGGUGCACGUGUGCAAGAAUGUGUGUGUGUGGGAGCGCUGAGAGUGAGUGUGCAAGGGAAUGGCUUGGGGGGGGUCUGCACUCUUCUCUCUGCCAUCCCCCUCCCAGUGCCAUGCUGGGGGGGCAUCAGCCUGGGAGCCCCACAGAUCUGGGUGGGAGCCGUCAAGGGAUGUCCUGUGAGCACAGGGGCUCUGGGUGCAACCUGUGUCUCACCCAGGUCAGGGGUGGCUGUGCUGGGGGACCCCAUGUCGUCCCCCACCCCCUCCUGUGAGGUUGGAAGAUGGUGCCUGAGCCCCUCAGCUCAGCCCUGGCCUCAUCCCAAGUCCCUCUUGGGGGCUGAGGUCUCAGCCCUGCAGACCCCCAGCCCCAAGCACAGGGACACCAGGGGAGGCUCCGAUGGCACCGGGGCGGGGGUUCUGCUUUGCAGUUAGGUACGAUGGGUGCUGGGGUUCCCACGGAGUGGUGACAUGCCCCCUUGCUGCCCACCCCCUCCCCAGGCACACUGUAAUGCCUUUUUCUUUCUUUUUUUUUUUUUUUUUUCUUCCUCCCCCCUCCCUCCAUAGUUUGUGCCAUUUAUGAGUCAUGUAUGGUACCAAUAAAACAACUUUUCGGUUUCA